AUGCUCAACCGCACUGCGCCUGAAGGUAAAUCACCGUCUGAGGUUAUGUUUGGUCGUCGUAUACGGACUUGUCUGGAGCUACUUCGCCCAUCAUCAGCAAUUUUACCAAUGACACCGCAUGUUCAGCAAGAUCAACAGCGAAGAUCGUUCAAUCGAAACGAACUGGUUUUCGCAAAGGUUCAUCACAGAAACACUUGGAAGUGGGCUCCUGGUGUUAUUCUGGAGAAGAUAGGUGAUGUGAUGUACAACGUUUUGGUUGAUCGUCGAGUUCUGCGUUCCCAUAUCAACCAGUUACGAUGUCGUACUGAGACUGUUUCACCCAACACCGGUCCUUUAUCGUCAGCCAGCAGUAGUACUAAAUUGUUGCCACUCGACGUCCUUCUUGGUGCCUGGGAUCUACCGAAGCUUUCAGACAGUACAUCCGCAGUAUCAUCCGUUGGCUCACCGCAGUCUUUGGUUACGCACAGCUCACAAUCGCCGACGUUACAGCCGAUGACACCGACACGUUUGUCUUCUACUCCCACAAGUGUUCCACUACCUCAGCUAGUGGCAAGUCCGUCGUCCUCGUCAUUAUCUUCAUCUACAGCAGCAUCAACGGAGUUCGAGUCAGCGACCGAAGCAGACCUGGUGGAGACUUUACCGCGUCGUUCCACCCGGACCAGAAGUCGGCCACAAUGGUUCGACCCGUACCACCUUUAUUAA